AUGUUCAACUUAUUGAGCCUGGUUCUGACGACCUGUUUGGUGCAGGUGGCGUUUAGCCAGUUUGCAGGACUAGGCCCGGUAGUACCAAAUCUAGGUUAUGGUUUUGGAGACUUGGCUCUUAGUCCUACUGGUUUUGGAGGAUGGGGAGGUCCAGGCUAUCCCGGUGUGGGAACAUAUGGAGGCAUUGGUACAGCUGAUAUCGCGGUAGUAGGAGAGAUUCCUGUCGCUGGGAGUACGGUAGUAGUCGGGCAGGUACCUGUCCGAGGUAGCGUGGGCUUUGGUGGUCCAGUUCCAGCCGCUGCGGUCCUAGCAGUAUCUGGAAGCUGCAGCUGUGGUCUAAAUGGAGCCAUAUUGAAUUAA